AUGUACUUUUAUGACCCUAUCAACGCCUUAUGGGCGUAUAGAACGGCUUUCAAGAUGCCAAUUGGGAUGACUCCCUACAAACUUGUUUAUGGCAAGUAUUGCCACUUGCCAGUAGAGCUUGAGCACAAGGCCAUGUGGGCCAUCAAAACUUUGAACUUUGAGCUCACUAGUGCGGGUGAGCGGCGCUUGCUCGAUCUCCAUGAGUUAGAAGAGCUCCGCAUGAAUGCCUAUGAAUCGGCAAGCAUCUACAAGGCGCGUUCUAAACAAUAUCAUGACGCCAAGAUUGAGAAGAGAGAGUUCAAGGAGGGGGAGAAGUUCCUCCUUUAUAACUCUCGCUUGAAGUUGUUUCCGGGAAAACUCAAAUCCCGGUGGAGUGGUCCGUUCGAUGUUGUUCGGGUCUUCCCCCAUGGUGCUAUCGAGAUUCGGAAUGAUGAUUCCGGGUCCUUCAAAGUGAAUGGGCAUCGGCUCAAACACUAUUACUUGGGAGACUCUAUUGGAUCUUUUGCUACCUUGGACCUCAAGGAAACCCCCAUGAAUUUGGGGGGAUUCGUCAACCUAAUGACGUUAAAUGAGCGCUUUCGGGAGGCACCCCGCGGCUUCUUUGCAUGA